AUGUCCAAUUCCCCCAUCUCUGACGCGGGUGUCGCCAACACUCCCCGACUUGUCCGCUCCAGAACUACGAGCGUCUCCAGCGACCGACCAUCGACCAUUGGACAGAGUCUAAUGUUGCCCCCUCUAUCUGUGUCGCCAGAGGCAGCCUUCAUUGCUGCCUCUGCAGCCUCGCAAAUUGUUACGAAUGACCACGACAGCCACUCCGAGUCGUGGUACGAUCAAAUGGGAUUCGAGCCAUCAGGGCAGACAGCAUUGGUCUCGAGCGGCGCGCUACAGUUGGCCAACAAUUUCAUUGACCAGAUUCUAUUCAACAUCAUCUCUAAAGCAAGAUCCACGACUCUCUCCGCCUUGCGACCCGCCGUCAGCGAAGUUCUCAAGCCGAAACUUGCCAAAGAUGCCAUUAACCAAGCAGAUGAAGAGCUCCGAGAGUAUCUGGGAGGAGGCGAGGUCGAAAAUCUAGUCCAGUCACCCAUAGUGGAGUCCUCACGAGAUUGGGAUCUCGAACUCGUAUGGAAGCGUACCCGUCUGCGAUGCAUGGUGUACUCGUCCUUGGGUGAUAUGGAGGAGGAGGACGAAGACUAUUUCAUGGAACAAGAACAUCUAAGUGGGGAAUCUGAAGACAUCUUGUCAGAAGUCGUUUCCCCGGCGGUGGCCAUAUUUUUGACCUCCAUCCUCGAGUUCAUGGGCGAACAGAUCCUGGUUGUUUCUGGCCAAGCUGCUUUCAAUCGACUACGUAUAAAGUAUGAGAAGGAGCUGAAGGAGGGCGCGCGGUCCAAGGGAGACUUUUCCGACCGCAUGGUGGUCGAGGAGCUCGACAUGGAGCGCGUUGCGCUGGAUCGAACUCUGGGUCGACUGUGGCGAUCGUGGAAAAAGCGGAUACGUUCCCCGGUUGAGCCGAACUUCGGUCGUAACUUUGCGCGAGGUAGCACGCACAGCAGAUGUAGCAGCUUCGCUACCGACGUCCUGCCGUCAAAGGAGACAUUUUCCCAACCCCAGGACGCAUUCGAGGAAGAAAUAACAGAACCGGAGGAGAGGGAACCAACUCAGAAAGGAGGAGCACGCCCUUCGGCCAUUCCUCUACCCAUGAGCAACAACGACAUUGCCGAAAUAGAAGUCCCCGGUCUUGUCUCCUACAGCGACGAAGAAGAUAGCGAAGAAGAUGAGGAAGAGGACGAUGAACCCAUCAGACGGACUCCGCGACCGAGGAGCUUGAUGGUCCUAACAUCGAGAGUCAAGCGCAACCGGCCCACUCCCAAUGUAUCUGAACCACAAACUCCCACACAGCCGUCACGAAAACGAGCGAAUUCGCUCCCGACCCCGGCAGCUUCUCCGUACACAUCUCCCAAGGGUAAAGGGUCACAUGCGGAGGCCGAACCAGUAAAGCUUGCGGAUGCACAAGAAGAUGAUGCGAGGGCUUUGGAUACUGCCAGGGCGGUGACAGUGCCAACACCGGCAAGCGUUUCGCCGCUCACAGAAUUCGAAUCAGACGGCACUGACAAGGCCAGUGUUAGCCAAAUGAGUGCAGUUUCCAAGAUUAUGGCCGGGGCUACUGCGGUUGGCAAUGCUGCGGUUGCGGGCGUGACGGCCAUUGCCCAAGGCUCCGCGCCGCAAACCAAAAUCACACCAUUACCAACACCAAUGGAAGAGCCAGAAAAGGAGGACUUGAUCGAAGAAGCACAGAUUAUGACAUCCUCACGGGUAUCCAUUAGUGGAGCUAGUACUCCAUCGAUUGAGCCUAGAAGGCCACUCUCUCUUAUGCCUGCGCGGUCAAACAGCUUACGCUCGGUUCGCAUGAUUGACGUGCAGCCACGAAGCCCACUUAUCAGGUCUAGGACGGGUUCGUUUGAUACGGAUUCCAUCUUGGCCUCCCGCUCCAAUGUCUCGCGUGAAGGUAGCAUUUCGACGCCGCCGAUCGUUGAGGAAGACGGUGAGACGCCGUUCGCCAAAGCCAUGAAGUUGAACGUCGGCGUGAAGUCAUCUAGUCGUGCUGGGUCGCGGGAACCAAGCCCUGCCUCCAUCCAGUCCCUGAAGGCAAGCUCGUCCAGGUCGUUACCACCCACCUCGGCUCCGAUGUCAAUGCCCGCUUUCGCCCCAGCUCCCGCACAGGGCCCUACCAAAGUAACGAUCCUGAACACGACAUCAAACGGAUCCUUCGGCACUAAGCCUGAGGUUUCUCCGAAACCAUCGGUCAGCUCAAAACAGCCCUCGUUGCCUGCCUUGCCUGAGAGAAGCACAAGUAGAGGGGUUUACAGCCCGUCUGCGCCAAUGCAAGGACCGGUGGGGAUGCCCCUGACAGAGGAAAGUCAUUCUGCACCGCGUGCAUCACCGGAAUCGCCGAAGCUAGCGCGUGUGGCGCAAACCGAAUCCCCAUCUUCAACAAGUUCUAUGAAGCUCAAGGCGGUACGCAAUUCUGAGGACAGCGGCUCUAAUCGGGCCGAGGACGUAGCGCGUAACUUCGAGCAGCUCCUACAAAACGAUCAAACUUUGCAGUACACGCUUACUCCAGAGAACAUGCGGGACUUUGACCAUCUUGAACGGUCCCGGUCGUCCUCACUCAAGAGAUCCAUGUCGGUUUCAAAGGCAACAGGGUUGAACUCGCACCCGCCAACUGAUUACCACAGCGGGAAACUGUCCGGUCCGGUGCCCCGGGCGCCUCCUGUCUCAUACUCAUCAAAAACUCGCUCUGGCGCUGCCUCACAAGCAAGGGACGCCCGGAUUCCCCGGGAGUCGCUCCAGGACUUUGCCGAGUUCAUUCGGUCGACUGGCCCAUCUGGUAGUGGAAACCGAGCCCUUCCUAGUGGUGGCACUCAUACACGCAACGUCAGUGUUCCCGUGCCGAUGAAGUCAAGCAUGGACUCCCGAUCUAUUGGUUCUGUCAACCGCGCUCGUCUACAGGCCCGGGAUGCUGCCAUUAGCUCCAACAAUGAAAGCUCUGAGCUUAUCGACUUCAUUCGCAGGGGGCCUCCUUCGACUGGCAACAACCCCCGAAUUCCUCGCAAUGUAGCUCCCUUCCGCACUACGAUGGACUCGGAUCAGUUGCACAUGUCAGGUGCCGUUGGAGGCAAAGCCGUAGACGCUACGCUUCCCGAUGUCAGGAGCAGCCAGGCUUCCACAAGCGUAACGGAGAACUCGGUUCAAUCCUCCAUUAACUCCCAGAGUGCCCUUUUGGGCAAGACAAACAAGCCAGCUCAGCACCGCAACAAUUUCGAUGAUGACGACAUGGCACCUAAGCGGAAGCAGCGAAGAAUUCGCGACCCUUACGCCAUUGACUUCAGUGACGAAGAGGGUGAUGAUUUUGAAAUGACGCCGAAACCGAAACCCAAACCGAAGAAGGAAGAAAGCCUCAUCGACUUCCUCAACAACUACCCGCCUCCCCCCGACCCGACUCCACCGACUCCGGUGCCCCCCGCUUCUAAAGCGUUCUUAAAGAAGAAAGCAAGUGCACCGAAUUUGCUUACACGCCUGAGAUCUGCUGGUAGCAGCUCCAACCAUAAUAGCAACAACGGAUCCGUAAGGGGGCAAUCUCGUAACGGUGUUCCCGCCAAUGAGUCAAGAUCUCUCAGCAGUCGCGCUGGCAACGUUAGGGGCUACACCCCGAUCGUUGCCAACAUCCCGCCUAGUGCAGAGCGAAUGCCCAACAUUGGGGUUUCCAAUGCUUCCAAUACUCCCAGAGCCAGUUCGAGCGGUGGUCGAGUGCUGAUGAGAAAGUUUGAGCCUCGCGAACCAACAUCAGCGGAGACCAAAACAUCUGACCUCGCCAACUUCCUACGAGAUUCAGAGCCCCCACCAUCUGCCAUGGCAACAAUGCCUCCGCCAGUGGAAGAGAAAAGCAGUGGAUUCUCACGUAUGUUCGAGCGGCGCCGCAAAGGAUCCACAGCUUAUUAA